AUGGCACCCAUCCCGGCAGUGCCGGCUCACCUGGAGCUUUAUGAACCCGAAGUCGAGCCAGCCCCGCUGCGAAUCGUCAAGUGUAGCCAGACCGUUACCGGUCGCUAUGCGGGUGGACUUGGAGGCGCAGCAAAUGAAUGGGGAAGAAUGUCCGAAUUCACAUUCGACAGUGAAAGCGAGGGAAGCCCGCCGGUGGCAGCGAACAGACCUUUAGGACCUUUGACUAUACACAAGAUCAGGAGGGGUAAAGGUAGAGGCAGCAUUCUGGACGGGAGCGUGUCUGUAAAGAUUGUGGACAUCGAAAAGCAGUCUUGGAACAAAGAUCAUAACGAUCGUCCUGAAAAUCAUGAGAAUGACUUUGACCGUACACCAAAAGCGUCUCGUCCGCCAACACGGAACAUAAGUGCAGGAAAAUUCUUGAGGACCGAGCUACAUCGUGAAAGCUCUGAAAAUGAUGUGAAAAGUCAUUUUAUUCAGCCUUCAUAUCUACAAUCUACUCUUCCGGACAUUCAAGACCCUGAUGGCUCUCCUAAGAUGCCCAAACGAAGGCCAUCCAAAUCCAAAUACUCUCUUUUAAGGGCGUUUGGUGGUCGGUGGAGCGAGGAUUUGGAAUCUCAAUCUUCUCUCGGUCGGAGCGGCUCCUCGGCUUCAACAAAAUCGACAAAAUCGACAAAAUCGCAUAGCACUCUUCUACGUAAACUUUCCCGUAGAAAGUCUACAGCGUCUACAACUCAGUCGAUUGCUUCCUCGGUACCUUCAAGCCUUGGGACUGUUGAACUUUCUCAUAUGUUUGAAACAGAUAGUGAAGACAUCAUUGAUGCUAGGGUCAAUUCAAGAGGAUCUUCCUACUACGAUGGCACUAUCAUGAUGUCGGGCCCUCCCACACCUACGCUAACACCCACACCCGUCUCUUUCAGGGAGGAUAAUUUCGUUUUAUGUCCACAGAUUUCUGUCACCCCAGAGAGCGCUAGUGUGAAUGCAGGUGUUUGCACAUUAUGGGUCGCGGUCGAGAUCACUGGCAUACUUCGAAGAGCUGACGGUACAUCAACAUUAGAUGAUGUGGGUCGUACUUAUAGCACACAAAAUCUGACUCCACGAUGUUUAGACCUCAGAAGAUAUGGCAGUCUUCAUAACAUUGCUGUUGAGUUCCAACCGGGGUCAGAUUGCAUUAUAGUGGACCAGCCAGAGGAUACCUUUCAAGCGAAGACCAUUCGAGUGAGCGAGACUCAUCUCAUGUUAGUCAAAAUCCGAUUGAACGAAGUCAAAGUUUCAGUUUCGCACACGAAAGAAAAGUCAUCGGAUGAACUCAUCGAAAACCUAAAUGAUAUUCUCGGCGACAUAACCACUCAAUAUCUGACCGUAAAACUAAACUAUCGACACUCUGCUUUCUUGAAUUUGAGACAGCAGGCUGACGAAGGGGAUUUCAGACUCUUACCGCAACACACUCUGUUGGAGACGAAAGCCACGGCUACGAUUAAGCGUCACAAUCCAGCUUCUGCUUGGUCACCAAGAAGCUCUGGGGCUCUAAAUUCAGCGGUAGGAGUCAGCGCACUUGCGAAGAUUAUCGAGAAGCACUUUUCGGCCGAGAAAUCAAGAGAAGCACUCCAAAGACUGGCGGGAGAUAGAACUAUGAUUUCAUAUCCCCGAAGAACCUACGGACAUUCUUCCGAUAAAGAAAAUCGCAAAACUACAGCGAGUCCGUUGGCAUAUAUAGAUCCUGCGAAUGGUCUACUUUCUCACUCAUUUUCAAUGACGGCCAUCUCCAAUUUUAACUCUCGAGGUAGUCCUGUUCCAAAACGACAGCUUUCACCUUAUGAUCAUCCAUUAGAUUUGGUAGAUGGCGAAAUGGAUCCCGCACGAAAGAUAUGGUCACAAAUGCGAAGGACCUCGCGGCCAGCCCGUAAACAUCCACGCGCGAGCAUCAGUGAUGGAAAUUACUUUGAUGCCGACCAAGACGAGCUAUUCGACUGUACUCCCCGCUAUGGAGGCAGUUUGAGAGUUCCCCAUCUCUCGCUCUUCGAACCGCCAGAUGCGUUUACUCCGUUUUCCCCCGAUACUUCCCAGGAAAUGACACCGAGAGCGAAGCAAAAUCGCCUUUCGAGGGGGAAGAGUACGGGCACUAUUACGGAUGAUAAUAGACAUCAUCUCAAGGAGUUGGCGUUGAGAAAUAAGAGGAGUGUGGGUCAGGAGACGUUGAGGAGUAUGGUGCCUAGUACGCAUAGUGGAAAAGGGUUUGCAAAUGCAAAUCGGCAGGGUGGAGGAGUGAUGGGGGCGGUGGCGGGUGUGGGGCUAGUGGGGAGAAAUUGGGGUCAGUGGUUACCUUGGGGUGGUUAG